AUGGUCGAGAAGCACAACCCUGGGAACAUGUCCCGGCAGUCCACCUUGCGCCAGGCUGCUGGGGUCUCGGAUGGCUUCAACUACAUCCACGACAACGUGAGCAGCCCCUUGGACCUGGGCGCCAGUGACGAAGCGCCCCCGGCCUAUGGCGAGGUCCACGACCAGCUGAAUCUGUCGCAAGAUGGGUUUAAUGCUGGUGCUGCAGUCACAGACGAUGGCCGUGUCAAUAUCAAUAUCAGCCAGACCAACAGGAGGCUGUCUCAGCUUUUGGCCCCGGCCUUGAAGGGCCAACUACUCCCCUCUCAGAAAACUCCCUCAGGGCCUCUGCCACCGGCAUACAUCCCUCCCAGUCUAGGUGGUCUGCCUGGUCAAACACCCCCUCCCAAGCUGAAUCUGGUCAUCCAGAUCGUCGGCUCGCGUGGUGAUGUCCAGCCAUUUGUCGCGCUGGGCAAGGUGCUGAAGGAUACUUACGGGCACAGGGUUCGGAUCGCGACCCAUGCCACCUUCCAGAAGUUCGUCGAAGAGAACGGGCUCGAGUUCUUCUGCAUCGGUGGAGACCCGGCCGAGCUCAUGGCCUUCAUGGUGAAGAACCCCGGCCUCAUGCCUGGCAUAGACGCCCUCAAGAGCGGCGAGAUCACGAAACGGCGCAAGGGCAUCGAACAGAUUGUCCUUGGGUGCUGGCGGUCCUGCAUCGAGGCAGGUGAUGGACUCGGCCCGCCUGUCGAGACGGACCUAUCCAACGAGCCCAUUGGGGACGACUACAGCCUGCCUGGAAACCCUGACGACAAGCCCUUCGUCGCUGAUGCCAUCAUUGCAAACCCGCCGAGCUUCGGGCAUAUCCACAUCGCCGAGAAGAUGGGCAUACCGCUGCACAUGAUGUUCACUAUGCCCUGGUCACCCACGCGAGCAUUCCCUCACCCACUGGCCAACAUCCAAAGCACCGAUACUGACGAUGUCAUGACCAACUUUGUCUCCUAUGCCUUGGUGGAAAUGAUGACAUGGCAGGGGCUAGGGGAUGUCAUUAAUCGUUUCAGGACAAAGGUGCUGGACCUCGAGCCGCUGUCUCUAAUCUGGGCCCCAGGCCUACUGACACGGCUGCGAAUCCCGACUACAUAUUGCUGGUCUCCAGCCCUGAUCCCGAAACCCAACGACUGGGGACGUGAAAUAUCGAUCCCAGGCUUCUAUUUCCUCGACCUGGCCACUUCCUACACACCCGAGCCCGACCUGGCUGCCUUCCUCGAGAGCGGCCCGCCUCCCGUUUACAUCGGCUUCGGCUCCAUCGUUGUCGACGACCCUAACAAGCUCACAAGAAUGAUCUUCGACGCCGUCACUCAGGCAGGGAUCCGCGCUCUCGUGUCCAAGGGCUGGGGCGGCAUCGGGGCAGACUCUGUGGGCAUCCCUGAAGGGGUCUUCAUGCUGGGCAACUGUCCGCACGACUGGCUCUUCAAGAAGGUGUCUUGUGUCGUCCACCACGGCGGUGCCGGAACUUCUGCCGCCGGGAUCAAGACCGGGACGCCAACCGUUGUGGUCCCGUUCUUUGGUGACCAGCCGUUCUGGGGCGCCAUGAUCGCGAAGGCCGGCGCUGGCCCGGCUCCCAUCCCUUACAAGCAGCUGACUGCGGAGAAGCUUGCCGAUGCCAUCACCUCAGCUCUGAGGCCUGAGACCCAAGCAAGAGCCAAGGAGCUCGGUGAGAAGAUCAGGCAGGAGAAGGGCACAGACCAGGGAGCAAAGAGCUUCCAUGACCAACUUGAUUAUGACAAUUUGCGUUGCUCUAUUGCUCCUAGUCGCACGGCUGUCUGGCGCAUCAGGCGGACCAAGGUCCGGCUGAGUGCUCUGGCAGCGGCCGUGCUUGUGAAAGAAGGACUGCUGCGCUAUGCAGAUCUGAAGCUGUACCGGUCUCAAGAGCAUGACACAGAAGAGCAGCCAUGGGACCCGGUCUCCGCUGUGACGGCGGCCCUGGUAGGAGACAUGGGCAGCAUCGCCAUGGCCAUUGGUGACAUACCGAGAGACUGGUACAAGACUGUCAAGAAGUCCUCGAGUGGAUCGGUCACUCCGAAGAAAGAUGACAGCUCGGCGACAUCGAAUGACGCUGCAUCGUCGUCUCAGCUCACGCUCCCUUCCGACAGCGCAAGCACCUGGUCCGCCCAGCCGUCAGCACUUCUGAGCCCCCCACCACAGUCGGACGCAGCCAGCUCCACAGACCCGACUAUCCUGGGAGGAUCGACGCAACAAGCUUCCAGCACGCCUAGAUCACCUGGCAAAUCCCCUACCAGGUCCGGCACUUCUCCGUCAUCUCACGGCGCAAGCAGCUCCCAAGGGGGCAAGCCGAAGAAGAACCUCGAUGUCGAGGCUGCACUUGGAAUGGGCCUCGACACUGGCAAGAAUGUCUCGCGUAUCGUCGAGACAGGAUUCAAGUCUCCGAUGAACUUCUGUAUGGGUCUGGCCAAGGGAUUCCGCAACGCGCCUCGACUGUACAACGACGAGACCAUCCGCAAACCGGAGAAAGUCACAGGUAUUGGCAGUGGAGUCGUGGUUGCGUGGAAGGAGCUCGGCCUUGGCUUCUAUGACGGUGUCUCUGGGCUGGUAACGCAGCCGUACAAAGGAGCGCAGAAGCAGGGCGGUCAGGGAUUCAUUAAGGGUGUGGGCAAGGGUAUAGGAGGGCUGAUCCUCAAGCCUGCUGCUGGAAUCUGGUCAAUACCUGCCUACAUGAUGAAAGGCGUGCACGCAGAAAUCAGAUCCAAGUUCCACCACAGCGUGGACAAAUACGUGGUCACCUCACGGAUACUGCAGGGCCAAGCCGACCUUGGCUCGGCUAACCUCGAAGAGAUGCAAGACAUCAUCGUGCGAUUCAACUCCAUGAGCUCUGAGUUGAGAGGCCUCUACGUCCUCAAAUACAAGGAGAAGACCGCCAGCGAAGCGCCUUCUGACCAACCGGCGACCGCGUCCCAGGAUGAUCUCAACAGGCUCCCUGACUCCCCACCAAAGACGGGUUUCUGGAAUACCAGACACAUGUCCCUGGAGGAGAGGAGAAAGCUCCACGAGCAGAGAGACGCCUGGAAGAAGAAGAAGCGCGAGGAAGAGGCUGGCGUGACCCCCAGCGCGGAGCCCCCAGAGGAUCCCGGCAUGGAGCGCGCCAUCCGCGAGUCGGUCAACCAGACAUCCCGCGGCGACCCCAACGAGGACGCCAUGAUCGAGGCGCAGAUCCGGUCGAGCGUCAAGGAGAUGCGGCGGAUCGCGGACGAGCAGAGGCGGCAGGAGCAGCAGAGGCAGCUGGGCGACUGGAAGCAGAGGCCGUCCGAGCCAUCUGCGCCGCCUGCGUGGGCGGACGAGAAGAAGGCCGGGCCCGGGGCGGACGAGAUCACGGACGAGGAGUUCGAGGCGCUGAUCGCGGAGGCAGCGAGGCAGAGCGUCAUAGCGCAGGGCCAACACCACGGCAGCGAGGACGAGGACCUCGAGCGGGCGCUGCAGGAGUCCCAGUCCCAUGCAGCCGCGGCGGGCCACGGUGGGGAGAGCGGGGCGGACGAGGAGCUGCGAAAGGCGAUGGAGGAAUCGGAGCGGGCGCACCGGGAGGACCUGGCGCGCAGGACGACCGAGAGGUCCGAGGAGGAGGUGAUCAUGGAGUACGUCAAGAAGCAGAGCCUGGCCGAGGAGGAGUUCCGGAGGCUCAAGGCGCAGGGCAAGCAGCCUGAGGGGGCUGCGGCCGGCGCGGGAGGAGAUGAGGACGACGAGGACCUGAAGAAGGCCAUUGAGGAGAGCCUGACUCUGAGUGGCAAGGCGGGCGGCCCAUCUGCAUAA